AUGAGGGCCGCUCUCGCUCUGCUGCUGCUUUUAGCCGCCGUGCGUGCCGAGCACCGGGGUAAAGCUUAUGUCCGGGACAAAGUCUGCCAGGAGUUCCAGACCCUGGGGAAGGAGGACUUCCGAACCCUGACCAUCAUUGCCAACAGCAGGAAAUUCUCCAACGCCACCUUCGAGGAGAUGAGCCACCUCGUCCGCGAAAUCGUCUCCCUGGCUGAAACCUGCUGCGCCGAAGGUGCCGACCCCUCCUGCUACGAUGCCGGGUCCUCAGCUCUGUCGGCCAAAUCCUGCGGUGAGGACUCGCCCUUCCCGGCCCACCCCGGCACGGCCAGCUGCUGCGCCCAGGAGGGGCUGGAGCAGAAGCUGUGCCUGGCCGCCCUGCGGCACCCACCCCCGGAGCUGCCCCGCUACCUCCAGCCCUCCAACGAAGAGCUCUGCCAGGCCUUCAAGAAGGACCCCAAGGACUUUGCAGACAGGUUUCUGCACGAGUACGCCAGCAGCUACGGCCAGGCGCCCCUGCCCGUGCUCCUGGGCUCCACCAGGACCUUCCUCUCCAUGGUCUCCACCUGCUGCAUCUCCCCCACGCCCACCGCCUGCUUCCUGAAGGAGAAACUGGAAAGGAAAACCAUCUCCCUCCUCACCCUGAUGUCAAACCGGGUUUGCUCCCGCCUCACGGCGUAUGGGAAGGACAAAGUCACCUUCAGCUACCUCACCUCGCUCGCUCAGAAGACGCCCGGCGCUUCCUUCGAGGACCUUUUCCCCCUGGCAGAAGAUGCUGCCGAGGUGUUUUCCCAGUGCUGUGACUCGGUAACCGAGGACUGCAUGCAGAAGAAGUUAUCAGAGCACACGGCCAAAGUCUGCGGCGCGCUGUCGGGCGGAGACGAAAGGUUUGCCGACUGCUGCCAGGGGAACAACCUCAUGCAAAACUAUUUCUGCAUCUGGGCUUUGCCCCCGGCGCCCACCCCCAAGCUGCCGGAGGCGCAGAAGCCGACGAACAAGCAGCUGUGCGGCGAGGAGGGGGCUCGCCACGCCAAGAGGUACCUGUUUGAGCUGGCGCGGAGGCACACCAGCGUCCCCGAUGCCUUCCUCGGCAAGCUAUACGACGCCUGCGAAAAAGUCAGGGGGGAAUGCUGCUCAGCCAAGGAUGCCUCCGCCUGCCUGGACAGCAAGCGCCAGCAGAUGAGCCAGGAGCUGCUCUCCUUCCUGGAAAAGGCCAACCAGCUCUGCGGGCAGUACACCGAGUUAAAUUUCCUUGACUUCAGUAAGAAGCUGCGGGAGAGCUUGAUGCGGACGAUGACGGAGGCCAGCCCCAAGCUGCUGGAGCAGCUGGUGGAGCAGCGAGCCGACUUCGCCUCCACUUGCUGCGGCCCCAACUCGCCCCCCCUCUACUGCGCCGCCAAGGUGAGCUCGGAGCUGGGAGAGGCGUGCGACGGGGGUUCCUGCCUGCUGGGCUAG